UAAUGCACCAAUACUCAUCACUAUAUAUGUAAAAUUUUCCUUUGUAGUUUGUGUUGUGAUAUGAUUCUAUAGUUGAUUGACUAGUUUACGGUUUACACUGUUGUCGCUAUCGAUAUUGUGCCUAUUAUGCGUUUUAUUUAAGUGUUUCAUUCAUGAGUAUAUGCAGAAAAAUCACUAUUGAAAAAUUCAAUUGAAUUUCAUUAAGAUUGAAAAUUUACAUUAUUUUAUUAUGGCUGGAAAUCGUGAUGUUAUUCUUGCAGAUUUUCAGGCAUGUACUGAUAUUGAUGAUGUUGGAGAAGCUAUUUUACAUUUGGAAGGAACUAAUUGGGAUUUAUUAGCUGCAAUCAAUAAUGUAAUGCCACAAAAUACACAACAAUUGCCAUCGGAAUUAAAUAGAGAUAUUGAAAUGAUUGAAGAAAUCAAACAUGUAUCUAAAAAUUCAUCAAACACAAUUUCUACGUUACAAAAUAAAAGUUUGAAUUCACCUAAGGUAGAGAUUUUACCUGGUACUAGUAGUUCUAAAACUUUAUGUAAGUCAUUACCUGGAUCAAGUCGAUUAAAAGAGCAAUCAAAAAUACUCACAUUCCAUGUACAUUAUCAAUCUAAAACAGUUAAAAUUGAAAUGUCUGAUACAAAUACAAUUGGAGAUCUAAAAUUGUCAAUAUUUAAUCAUACAAAAGUUCCACCUUGCCAGCAACUUUUACAUGGAUGGAAAAAUGAACCACAAACUGAUUCAAUUACCUUGAAAUCACUUGAUUUGUCUCAAAAAAAUGAACUUUUUAUGUCCCUUGCUGCUGAUGCGGGUGAUCAUUCAUCAGAGGGCAUUAAACUCUCAGACCGUUUGAGCAGUACUUAUGUUUUGAACAUUAAAGAUGAAAUCAAUAAUGUUACCUAUAAAUUAAAUUUUCCUGGUUCUCUCACUAUUCUGGAUGUAAAAAGUAAUAUAUACACACUAAAUGACGUACCUGUUCGAAACCAAUUAUGGAAAGGUUGGCCAUCGACUCUAAAAAGUGAUUCAAUUUCUCUAGCACAAAGUGGUAUACCUUAUCCAGAACACAAUCUUUUAGUUGACAGAAUACCAUCAAAAGAAAUAAAAAAAGAAAUCAUAGAUUUGGUGGAUACCGACAGUUCCAUUGACGAUCAAGAGGAUGGUGAAGAUUAUGAGGAUGCUCCAGAAUCCUUUCAAGUUGAUGAUGAUAUUUUUGUAGAACAUGUUCAAUCUGCUAAAAUACAGCAUCUUAUUCCAGAUAAUACUGAAGAUGAAAUUGUUGGGACCAUUCAUUUUUUGGAAGAGUACAAAAGAAGAUAUGGACCUGUUCAUCCACAAUUUUUCACCGGCACAUUUGAAGAUGCAGUUGCUGAAUCAUGUUCUAAACUCCCAAGAGAAAGGAAGUUACUAGCAGUAUACUUACAUCAUGAUAACAGUAUUUUAGCAAACGUUUUUUGUACCCAAUUAUUGGACUUUGAAACAGUUCUGCAGCUUUUAUCAGCUAAUUUUGUGAUAUGGGGAUGGGACUUUACCUAUGAAUCAAAUAAACAAAAAUUUCUUACUUCUAUUCAACAAAUACUGGGGUCUGCAGCUGCAAUGACUGUACGAAAUAUAGAAGUUGAUACGAUGCCUGUUCUUAUGAUUAUUAUGAGGUCCAGGUCUAAUACGGAUGUUUUCACAAUUAUUCAUGGAAAUGUUGGUGUGAAUGAGUUGCUUACUAAUUUAAUAGAAGCUGUUGAUGUAUUUCAAGAACAAAAACAAAGUGAUAUUGAGUUUGAAGAUGAAAGACAAGCAAGAGAACGAGUUAAAGAAGAACAAGAUCAAGCUUAUCAAGAAAGCUUAGCAGCUGAUAGAGCAAAAGAAGAAGCUAAGCAAUUAUUAGAAAAAAUAGAAAAAGAAAGGAAAGAGCAAGCAGAGAAUGAGAGGUUAGCUGAACAAGCUCGUAAAGAAGCUCAUAGACUAGAAGUAAAAUCAAAUUUACCACCUGAACCUCCUCAAGAUGUUGAAGAUGUUUUAAAAAUUAAAGUUCGACUCCCGUCAGGAAAUGUUUUAGAGCGUAGAUUCAAUACUAAUGCUUCACUUCAGACAUUAUUGAACUUUUUAAUUGUAGAGGGAUAUCCUACUGAAGAUUACAAGGUCAUAUCAAGCUGGCCUAGAAGAGAUCUCACAAAUGUUGAUCCUUUUCUUACACUGAGUGAUUUGAAAUUUUGUUCACAAGAAACGGUAAUUUUGGAAGAACGAUGAAUUAACGAUAAAAUAAAUAUUUAAAAUUUGUCGAACUGAAAGUGCUGAUUUUUAAG